AUGCCAAAGACAGGAUACACGGACGUUGACGAUCCCUGGCCAAUCCGGCCGUCUGUUGCUGCUGCAGGAAAGGAAGCGUGUGUACAAUGGCACAAGCUCUAUCAGGCGACCGCGAAGAAGGACAAGUAUGAAAAGCGAUCUGUUGAACUCGAAGUGCUGGUCGUCGCUACCGCAGGAAUUAAGGCGGAGGAAUCACGCAUGCAGUGUUGCAAGCUCCAUCAGACGAGCAACGGAAAGCGGUCUGCUGAGCUCGACGUGUUUCAAGAUCUGCUGGACAAGUCCGUUGCCGAAAUCGACAAGAUCUGA